GAGGUGGGAUGUGGUUAAGGGGUGGGCAAGUACCUUCAACAGCCCCUUCCUGACUACGUCACUAUGAGAAGUUAUGUAAAUAUGCUGUUUCUCCUUUUGUGUACCCACAACUCUCUCUGAGGGAUUUUUGUGAUGUAAAAAUGAAACGUUAACAUGUGCAACUGAAUGAUCACAACACUCAGAACUGGAGCAUCUUGAGAGUGCAUCUCAAUAAAUUAGAAUGACAUGAAACAGUUAAUUUUUUCUUAGUAAAAUCCGAGCAGAAUCUCAGUUCAGCAAAAUGGCAGACAUGUCAGUGGAGGAGAUGACAACUAAAGCCAACAAUGUAACAAAUGAGUCACUUGAAAGCACUAGGCGAAUGUUACAAAUGACAGAAGAGAGUUAUAAAGUUGGGGUGAAAACAAUGACCAUGCUAGAUGAGCAAGGAGAAACACUAAAGAAUGUGGAACAGGAAAUGGACCAGAUCAGUCAGGACAUGAAACAAGCUCGAAAAAACCUGAAUGAAUUGUCCAAAUGCUGCGGCCUGUGUUUGUGCCCAUGUAACAGACUGAAGUCCAACAAGAGUGACUGGAGAAAAAAGCAAAGGAAAAAAGCAAAGGAAAACAAGCAGAAUGUGGUAUCCAGCCAACCGACUGCCGUUCGCAAUGGGCAGGCUGUUUCUGCUGGGUCAGCGGCCCCCACUGGCCCCUACAUCAAGAGAGUAACAAAUGAUGCACGAGAAGAUGAGAUGGAGGAGAAUCUGGAGCAGGUGGGGGGCAUCAUCGGGGAUCUCAAGAAUUUGGCCUUGGAUAUGGGCAAUGAGAUUGAUAAACAGAACAAAACCAUUGACCGCAUCACUGAUAAGGCUGAAGAGAAUAUAGCUUGCGCUGAUAAAGCCAACCAGCAAGUCAACAAACUUCUGUAGAGAAUGGACACUGCCAGCAUCACUCAAGAGCCUGAUUGUUUGAUCACUCACACACACACACACACACACACACACACACACACACACACAUGUUGGUUUAUGUGGUUUACGGGGACUCUCCAUAGGCAUAAUGGUUUUUAUACUGUACAAACUGUAUGUGCUAUUGCCCUACACCAACCCUACACCUAACCCUACCCCUUACAGGAAACUGACUGCAUUUUUAGAUUAAAAAAAAAAAACACCAUUUAGUAUGUUUUUUAAGCCUUUUGAUUUACGGGGACAUAGGCAGUGUCCUCAUAAACCACCUUCAAAUUGUAAUACCUCUGUCAUACCCAUGUGAUUAUACAAAUUUGUGUCCCCGUAAACCACAUAAACAUGCACACACACACACACACACACACUUUCUGCCUCACAGCAAUGAAUAGCAGCUAGUGAGUUAAGUAUUGUAAAUAGUUGGACACAUGCACACACAGAUCUAAUCCAGAGCCUCCUGUACAAUCAAGUCUUCACAUGUGAGACAAAUCUGCUGGACGCUGGAGUGCAGUUGUUUUUGCGGCUUUGCUCACUGCUGUCCUCUCAGUCUGUAAUGGAAGGAGUCUAAUCUCUCGAGACGGUGAUGGGUUUUGUCCGUCCCUCUCCCUGCACUUCAGUCAACAUGGCUAAAUGUUUCACUAAUCUGAAUGAGGGGCCAAAGACUUACGACAGAACUUUUAAUGUUGUGGUUUGCUGCCCUUAUAGCCUUUGAUGCAUGUUUGAGCUAAUGAUGUAAUGUUUGGUUUUUAUGUCAUUUUAUCUGCUUAGCUGUAUCUAUGACUGAUUAUGUUAAGACAUGAAUGGGCCUUGUGAAUACAGUUAGUCCUGUUCAGUGUUUGGGGGGAAUGUAUGGUAGUGUCCUUUUUAAUGGCAUAAUUUACCAUGCGAUAUAGGAAUAGGACAUUUCAAUGUAUCUAUUUUACUGCUAAUAAAGCCAGUAUAAUCA